AGUCCUGUGUUGCUUCUUGAUAAGGGAGCCGCUCUUGACAUUUCAGUCGCUCUGCUGUGAAGCCGGAUCCAGUCCUCUCGCCUUCUUCACUGACGAUGGAUCACGUGUAUGAAACCCCACAGAACCCCUACCAGAAUGACAACCCGUACGAGAUGCCGCAUGAAUCGGAGUAUGAGGAAAUCUCAAAUAUUUACGAGAACUCCGGAUCAAACGGCACAGAGAUACCUGAGCCCCCUGCCUUGCCAGCACCCGCUCUUUUGGCAGAGGAGCGACGGGGCAGCUCAUCCUCAUCCUCAUCUUCAUCCUCUUCCUCAUCCUCCUCAGACAGCGACGAGAAUGAGGCGUUGGAGAAAAGCAGCAAGGAGGAGAUAGAGGCCAAAAAACAGAGCGACGAAGAUGAGAAGGAAGACAAAAAGAAAGAAGAAAGCGAGGACAGCGACAGCAGUGACAGCAGCGACAGCAGCGACAAAGAGAGCACAAAAGACACUGAAGAAGAAAAGGGGGCAGUCGAAGGGAACUCCAAGGAGUUGAACUGGGACAGUGGGUUUCCAGAGGUGGAUGGGGAGCACUCCUCACGUCGAUCCUCAUCUUCUUCCUCAUCUUCAUCGUCAGCGUCCGAAAAAGAGGAGCCAGAACGUCAAGGAGAUGAUUUGAAGGUCACACUUUACGUCAAGGCUGGGAGUGAUGGAGAGGCCAUCGGAAACUGCCCCUUUUCUCAACGCCUCUUCAUGAUUCUCUGGCUAAAAGGGGUGGUCUUCAACGUCACCACUGUGGACCUGAAGAGGAAACCUGCUGAUCUCCACAACUUGGCCCCGGGGACAAACCCGCCAUUCCUGACCUUCAAGGAGGAGGUUCUUACUGACGUUAACAAAAUAGAGGAAUACCUGGAGCAGAUGCUUGCUCCGCCAAAGUAUCCCAAACUUGCCCCGAAGAACCGUGACUCCAACACAGCAGGGAUCGACAUUUUUGCCAAGUUUUCAGCAUACGUCAAAAACACCAGACCCGAUAAAAACCGAGCUCUGGAGCAGGCUCUGAACAAAGCUCUGAUGAAGCUAGACGAGUACUUGAUGAGUCCGGUUCCCGAGGAAGUUCAGAAGGGGCGGCACCACGAGGAACCCUCCACCCGCAAAUACCUGGACGGAGACGAGCUGACACUCGCCGACUGCAACCUUCUUCCCAAACUUCAUGUCCUCAAGGUGGUGGCAAAGAAAUACAGAAAUUACGAAAUCCCAUCUGAUCUCAAAGGGGUUUGGCGUUACCUUGGCAACGCCUACGAGCGAGAUGAGUUCAUCAACACCUGUCCUGCUGAUGAAGAAAUUGAGCUAGCCUACAGAGAUGUAGCCAAGAGGCUAGGAAAGUAAUGAACGCCACAGAAGCAAGCACUGCAGUACCUUUUUGUUUAUUGUUUUACAUUUUGAAUGAAGUCAAAGAAUGUUAUGUUUGACGUUUGUCGUAUUUCUAAUGAUCUAAAGAUGCUAAAGUGUGGUGAAGAAGGAGAAAACAGACAGUUUUUUCUGUUUUUUUAAUCGUCCUUGUUGCUGCAGUUGAUUUAUAGCUUUUUGAAAAAAAUGUUAUUUUUAGGAAAAGAAAACAAACUUUGUUUAAUCCAAAAGGCCUCAGCUGUUUGAAAGGUACCAUUUUUUUAACAAAAAAAUAAAACAAAAAAAACAGAAAAAUUAAGCGAACACUUCUGACGCUUUAACAAUGAGACGUCUAGUUGAUAGCAACCUAAUCGAGUGGGAUGACUUUAUAACAAAGCACUCAUAUAUCAAACAAAACGUUUUGUUGGGAAAACAGUUGAAUCAUUUGUAACAGGAAAUUAAAAACUAGUUUCUAAAGAUCUUGACAGAGGUUUUAGUGGAAACACGCUCACGUUCAUUUGCUAGUUUGCUUUGUUAACCUUUACUAUCACUCUUUAACUGUUUACGCAAUUAUCACAACUGUCAAGCUGAGGAAAGCAGCUUUGCCGAGAUAUGCGACCCUCUACAGCGGUGAAGUGUUGAUGCCAUAAGCAAAUGACGCAGAGAGAAAUUCACAUUCACUGACGUACAGUUAGUAAACUUUACGUAAAGCUAGUAAACUUUACGUAAAGUUAGUUAACUUUACGCAAAGUUAGUAAACUUUACGUAAAGCUAGUAAACUUUACGUAAAGUUAGUAAACUUUACGUAAAGUUAGUAAACUUUAUGUCGAAUGUUGCACAUUGGUGCAAAUGUGUUUUUUUUUCUCCGCGUCAAUUCCAUUCGGAAAUAAUACGUUCACUGCGUAAACGGUCGUAGAAUUAUGGUAGAUCAGAGAGCGUGUGUGUGUGUCGCCGGAAUUUUACUAGUGCUGUUUUAGCUAGCUGUUGUUUCGGAUAGCUAGCCUUGUCAGGGUACAAAUAUGACUUCAAAAUUUUGGGGUUUGCUGGAUGUAAUAAAUCUAACUUCAAGCACCAACUCUGACUAGACCAAUAAUUAAAACAACUUUAUGUAGUUAAAUGAUUCUAUUUAGGAGGAAAUACGAUUUUUGCCACAUUGGCUCGUUCAUAGAAAAUGAUUUUUGAGUGGAUGCUAAAUGUUCCGUCGUUGACGCUCACUUUUCUUUCAAACGGGUGAACAAUUGAUGUGCAUGAAGCUUGUUUUAUGUGCAGGAGUCACUAGGAGGGUAUUUUAGAGGGAAAUUUAAAGCCAAAGCGGUGACAUGUUUGCCUUUCUUUGAAACAGGGCAUUGGUUAAUUCUACAGUGAUUCAAUUUGAAACACUGGAAAGCUUUAAAUUGUCUUUUCAAAGUCAUGAAUCACUGUUAGUCCUUUACUCAAAAUGUCAGUUUUGUUGUCCAAAACUGUACACAUCCAUCUGCUAAAGAAGCAAUAAGAAACAAAGUAGAGAGUACGUCGCAGCUCUCUGUUGCGUGUCUUGCUUCUCGUGAGUGCCUUAAAGGGAAUGAAGCCUUCUGCCCACCACUUUUAUCUUUGUACAGUAAAUUGUGUGCGCUCAAACAUAAAAAAAUGUUACUGUGGGACAGAAAUCUAAUCAGUCUGUAAAUCAUGAACAACCACAGUCAUACUUUGAUUAGAACCAUGAAUCUGUUGUGCAUACUCUUGUCCAUGUAUGGAUUCAAAUAAAACACUUUUUUUUUUCUCAGAGUCUGAUAUUUAACAGCUUUAGGUUUUUUUGUGUUGGAAAUUGUAUUGUCGAUGCAUGAUUUGUGUGUUUGUGUGUGUUAUCAUGCAAAACCUACAAGAAUAAAUUACGAAUCUGUCGUUUCAAUAAGAUUUUAUGGCUGGAUGAGCAUCUUUAUCCUUUGUGUUUCUUUCAAAUUGUAUACAUAAAUAAAACAUUGAAA